AUGAUGGACAUUUCCUUAUGUUUGAAACGACCAUCCUGGAUGGGGGACAGUAAAAGAAUGAGGAUGACUUCAAAUUUCCAGUGGCUCUUAUUAACAGUUCUUCUUCUAUAUUUAAUGAAUCAAGUAAACAGCCAGAAAAGAAGGACUCCUCGUGAUUUGAAGUGUAUAACUAACAAUUUACAAGUGUGGGACUGUUCUUGGAGAGCACCCUCUGGAGCAGGCCAUGGUGCUGCUUAUGAAGUUUGCUUUGAAAACGGGUCCCAUUCUUGUUAUCGAUUGGAGAAAAAUAUUAAAAUCCCAGCUCUUUUACCUGGUGAUCAUGAAAUAACAAUAAACCCUUUACAUGAUUUUGGAAGUUUUAUAAGUAAAUUCACACUAAAUGAAAAAAACGUUUCCUUAAUUCCAGAUGCUCCAGAGAUCUUGGAUUUGUCUGCUGAUUUCUCAACUUCUGCAUUACACCUAAAGUGGAAUGACAAGGGUUCUGUUUUUCCACAUCACUCAGAUGUCAUCUGGGAAGUCAAAGUUCUACGUAAAAAGAAUAUGGAAAUCAUAAAAUUAGUGACCCACAACACAACUCUGAAUGGCAGAGAUACAAUUCAUCACUGGAGCUGGAUCUCAGACAUGCCCUUGGAGUGCGCCACUCACUAUGUGGGAAUUAGAUGCUACAUUGAUGAUCCUCAGUUCUCUGGUCGCAAAGAGUGGAGCGACUGGAGCCCACUGAAGAACAUCUCUUGGUCUCCUGAUUCUCAGACUAAGGUUUUUCCUCAAGACAGAGUGCUACUUGUAGGCUCAGAUAUAACAGUAUGUUGUGUGACUCAAGAAAAAGUGUUAUCAGCACAGAUUGGCAGUACAUAUUGUCCCCUUAUCCAUCUUGAUGGGAAAAAUGUUGCAAUCAAGAUCCGUAAUAUUUCUGCUUCCGAAAGUAGUGGGACAAAUGUUGUUUUCUCCGUAGAAGAUAACAUGUUUGGAACAGUUAUUUUUGCAGGAUAUCCACCUGAUAUUCCUCAAAAACUGAACUGUGAGACAUAUGACUUAAAAGAGAUUAUAUGCACUUGGAAUCCAGGAAGACCGACGUUCUUGGUGGGCCCACGCAAUACAAGUUACACUUUAUUUGAAAGUUUUUCAGGAAAAUAUGUUAGAUUUAAAAGAGUUGAGUUGCCCACAAAUGAAAGCUAUCAGUUAUUCUUUCACAUGCUUCCAAAUCAAGAAAUAUACAAUUUUACGUUGAAUGCUCGAAAUCCUCUGGGUCAAUCAGAAUCAACACUUUUAGUUAACAUAACUGAAAAAGUUCAUCCCCAUAUUCCUACUUCAAUCAAAGUGAAGGAUGUCAGUUCAACAGCUGUUACACUUUCCUGGCAUUUACCGGGCAGCUUUGCAAAGAUUAAACUGUUAUGUCAAAUUGAAAUUAAUAAAACUAACUCAGUACAUGAAUUGCGGAAUGUCACAAUGAAAGGAAUAGAAAAUUCAAGUUAUCUUGCUGCUGUGGAUAAGUUAAAUCCAUAUACUAUAUAUACUUUUCGGAUUCGUUGUUGUACUGACCCCUUCUGGAAAUGGAGCAAGUGGAGCAAUGAAAAACAAUAUUUAACCACAGAAGCCAUUCCUUCAAAGGGACCAGAUACUUGGAGAGAGUGGAGUUCUGACGGAAAAAAUUUAAUAAUAUAUUGGAAGCCUUUACCCAUUAAUGAAGCUAAUGGAAAAAUACUUUCCUAUAAUGUAUCAUGUUCGUCAGACGAGGAAACACAAUCCCUUUCUGAAAUUCCUGAUCCUCAACAUAAGGCAGAAAUACAACUUGAUAAAAGUGACUACAUCAUCAGUGUGGUGGCAAAAAAUUCUGUGGGCUCAUCGCCACCUUCUAAAAUAGCUAGUAUGGAAAUUCCAAAUGAUGAUCUCAGAAUAGAGCAGGCUGUUGGAAUGGGAAAUGGGAUUCUGCUCACUUGGAAUUAUGACCCCAACGUGACUUGUGACUAUGUAAUUAAAUGGUGUAACUCAUCUCGGUCUGAGCCCUGCCUCAUGGACUGGAAAAAAGUCCCUUCAAACAGCACUGAAACUGUAAUAGAAUCUGAUCAGUUUCGACCAGGUGUAAGAUAUAAUUUUUUCGUGUACGGGUGCAGAAAUCAAGGAUAUCAGUUACUACGUUCUAUAAUUGGAUAUGUAGAAGAAUUGGCUCCAGUUGUUGCACCAAAUUUUACUGUUGAGGAUACGUCUGCAGAUUCGAUAUUAGUGAAAUGGGAAGAAAUUCCUGUGGAAGAGCUUAGAGGCUUUUUAAGAGGGUAUUUAUUUUACUUUGAAAAAGGAGAGAGAGACACAUCUAAGAUGAGGGUUUUGGAAUCGGGUCGUUCUGACAUAAAGGUUAAGAAUAUUACCGACAUAUCCCAGAAGACACUGAGAAUUGCUGAUCUUCAAGGUAAAACAAGUUACCAUCUGGUCUUGCGAGCCUAUACAGAUGGAGGAAUGGGGCCAGAGAAGAGCAUGUUUGUGGUGACAAAGGAAAAUUCUGUGGCAUUGAUUAUUGCCAUUCUCAUCCCAGUGGCAGUGGCUGUCAUUGUCGGAGUGGUAACGAGUAUCCUUUGCUAUCGGAAACGAGAAUGGAUUAAAGAAACCUUCUACCCUGAUAUUCCAAAUCCAGAAAAUUGUAAAGCUUUACAGUUUCAAAAGAGUGUCUGUGAGGGAAACAGCGCUCUUAAAACAUUGGAAAUGAAUCCUUGUACCCCAAAUAAUGUCGAGGUUCUGGAAACUCGAUCAACAGUUCCUAAAAUAGAAGAUACAGAAAUAAUUUCUCCAGUAGCUGAGCGUCCAGAAGAUAACACCGAUGUGCGACCGGAAAACCAUGUGGUUGUAGCCUAUUGUCCACCGGUCAUUGAGGAAGAGAUAGUGAACCCAGGAGCGGAUGAAGCCGGAGGGGCCUCACAAGUCAUUUACAUUGACAUUCAGUCCAUGUACCAGCCUCAGGCAAAACCGGAGGAAGAACCCAAAAACGACCCUGUAGGGGGCACAGGCUAUAAGCCACAAAUGCACCUCCUCGUUACUUCUACUGUAGAAGAUCUGGCUGCAGAUGAUGAUUUAGGCAAAACUGCAGGUUACAGACCUCAGGCAAAUGUAAAUACUUGGAACUUAGUAUCUCCAGACUCACCUAGGUCCACAGACAGCAACAGUGAAAUUGUCUCUUUUGGAAGUCCAUGCUCCAUUAACUCCCGACAAUUUUUGAUUCCUCCUAAAGAUGAAGAUUCUCCUAAAUCUAAUGGAGGAGGCUGGUCCUUCACAAACUUUUUUCAGAACAAACCAAACGAUUAA